UUUUUUUUUUUUUUAUGUCCAGAGGACCAGAUUGAACUUUUUUGGACUCUUGGUUAAUCAUUAAAUUCUCCAAACCGAAAGCAGUCAGUCCAGAUUUACAGCAGGUGUCAAAGAAGAACAAGGACGGAGAGAACCAGCAGAGAAAACUGAGUUUAAACUGAGGAACUGAACCUGACGGGUUCAAAAUGUUAUUUCUCGCUGCUUUAGUCCUUUUGGGGACAGGACUGACUGUGAACAGCGAAAUCCACUCCCUGACCUACAUCUACACGGCCUUCUCCAAACCCGUGGGUCUCCCGGGCUUCCAUGAGUUCACGGCCAUGGGUCUGCUGGACAACAGGAUGAUUGACUACUACGACAGCAAAGAGCAAAAGAAAGUUCCCAAACAGUCGUGGAUGAAGGAGAAUCUUGAGCAGGAGUACUGGGAUAAAGGCACGAUGUCCAGGAGAAGCAAGCAGCAGUGGUUCAAGGUCAACAUUGACAUUUUGAUAAAGCGACUCAGACAAAAUGACACAGAUACCCAUGUUCUUCAGUGGAUGCAUGGCUGCGAGGGUGAGAGUCAGCCUGAUGGCACUGUAAAAUUCAUCCGUGGGAUGGACAUGUACAAUUAUGAUGGAAACGACUUCCUGUCUUUCGACGAUGGCAACCAAAUCUGGGUCGCCACGACCGAUGCAGCCAAAAUAACCAAGAGAAAGUGGGAUGAUGUCCAGGUCCUGAGGGAAUACACCAAAGGUUACCUGGAGAAGGAGUGUAUGGACUGGAUGGGCAAGUUCAGAGGCUUUGGGCAAGAUCAGCUUAAGAGAGCCUCUCCACCUGAGGUGUUCUUGUACUCCCAAAAAAGCACAGUUGACACAAACAUUAUCUUGACGUGCCUGGCCACGGGCUUCUACCCAAAAGAUAUCAGCCUGCAUAUCAAAAGAAACGACCAUGUCCUAACCAAAGAGGAUGGAGUGGAGACAUUCGGAGUUCGUCCCAACGAGGACGACACGUUCCAAAGAAAAGACCGUGUGGAGAUUUUGAAGUCUGAUGUUUCCAUCUACACCUGUGAAAUCAUUCAUAAGGCCUCCAACAUGUUUGUUGAGAAGAACUGGGAUCAUAGUCCGCCUAAAGAAGGAGUAAACACAACCACUAUCAUUGGUGGAGCUGCUGUAGGAAUCCUGGUGCUGAUUGCGGCUGCUGUGUCGUUUAUUUUGUAUAAAAAGAGGAAAUGCGACGAACGCUGCAGUCGUACAAUCGAGAGGAGCCCUUCAUCAAGCAGUAACAUAGGUGGCACAUCGUCACCAAAUCCCAAUGCUGCUAAAACCAGUAAUGCAAAUCAAGAGGACAAGCCAUUGUUUACAGGUUCAAUCAACAGUGACGACUUUGGGUACGAAAGUAAGGCGGAGACUUCAAGCCAAAAUAGUGUCAACGCUGAAGAAAACGCAAUCCAAAGUGAGAAACUACUGCAACAAAGUGAAUGA